ACAGGCAUCAACAUAACUCAGGUAUUGCACGAGGUGAUGCCGGCCUGCAAUCAAUUACUGUCUACCUGCUGGUGGCGCAACGCCGAUCGUAAUUGUUGCGAGAUCUUCGAGGUGCAGAAGACCGAGUACGGCUUCUGUUAUUCGUUCAAUUCGGAAAUGGCGGUGACAUCCCCGGCGGAUCCCACGGAAUCGCGACCACGAAGAGCAUCUGGCUACGGCGAAUGGAGCGGCGUCAAGGUUACGAUUCAUCUGGGAAACAUAACGAAGCCGCCGGAUUCUGGUAAGGAUAUUGGCAACGCCGAAACACCAACCGAUAUAUUUUGCGUUGCAGAGAAUAUUGGCGGUGUCGUAGUAAUAAUAAAUGACCCGCGUGUCUGGCCCAACAGUGGCAUUAUGAUACCGUCAGGUUCGCUGGUCAGCCUGUCCUUGGAAUGUGUUUCCGGAUACGCUACCCAGCGGGUUCUAGAGCUGGACCGCGAUAGGCAGCCCUGUCUGUACGACGAGACAGGCGUGUACAAUCAGGAGACCUGUCUGUCGCUUUGCAAACGCAAUUACGUCAUCAAGUAUUGCGGCUGCAAUCCAUCCUUCCUGUUCCCAGCAACCGCACGUUAUCGUGACUGCACCAUCGAGGAUUUUAUCUGCCUGCUCGAUUAUAAUGAUCUAUUCAACGAUUACAUCGUUUACUUCGGUGGCAAGAUCCCGCACAGCAUUACUAGCAUGAUUUGCAAAUGUUCGCCGGAAUGCGAUUACUAUAUGUACGGCACCCAGUUUUCUAAUGUGCCGCUACAUGAUAAUAUGAACGACAUUACACUGGACGUGCAUUACAUAGGGCAAACUAGUUUCCGCUACAAAACGGACAUAGUCAUCACACAAAUGGACCUCCUCGGUAAAUCCCUCUCAUUCUCUCACUUAUCUUUCGGCGGCAUAAUCGGCUUAUUUCUGGGCGGCUCAUUGCUGAGCGCCGUCGAACUCGUCUAUUACCUGAUAGGGGCGCUGCUCUCGUUUCUGCCUUCGCGACGAAAGGCCGAGAGAGCAAAGAUGCGGCCGGAAACGACGCGGUCGAAGGCGACGAUUGCACGCAGCACAAUAGGAUCGGUGCUGCCCAUUCUGGAUUACAGCCCUCUGAAACAACGGGCGAGGAGGAUUCCGAUUUUCGCGAAUUACGACCUCACGGAAUCGAAUUUGAACAGAUAUUAAAUUACAGAGGCUGAAGAUAACGCCCUCUCGUGAGUCUUUUGAUAUCGCGUAGAGGAGGGAGAGCCUCUCUAUUAUGGUCAAGCCACGUUGAGAAAUUUGAGAAGGUAAAAUAAGAGAGGUUCAUCUCCCAAAUCGAUAUUUGUACGUUAAAAUGCGAAUGCGUGCGAUUUCUGUUAUGCAAUUCUAUUCUCUUCUACAAAUCGAAGGACAAAAAUUUUACAAACUAGAUAUUCGCUAAACGCCGCGCCAAUCGGGAGUACUGUCUGCUAGAAUAAACGAGUCCCGUUUUCCAUGGACAUGUCGGUUAUUGUGUUUUACUCUCUGUCCCCAUAAAUCAGAAAGUAGCCGCGAUAUCGAUCAGAUUUGACAGGGAAAUCGAGAAUGCCUCGCACGCGAAAUCUGGUAUCUACCUCC